AUGGAUGUGAAAACCGCAUACCUUAACACGCCAAUUGAUUGCAAAAUAUAUAUAGAACAACCAGAAGGUUUUGAAAAGCAAGGCGAUCAUAGUGAGUCAUUAGUUUGUAAGUUGAAAAAGUCACUUUACGGUCUAAAACAAAGUGGCAGAAAUUGGAAUAAUUUACUUCACACAUAUUUAAUAAACGAAAACUUCACUCAAUCUCUUGCAGAUCCAUGUGUAUAUGUGCGUACAACUGAAGAUGAGCGAUGUGUGAUCGUUAUCGUCUGGGUCGAUGAUAUCAUAAUCCCUGCAAGUGAUUCAAAUUCACUGCAAAGCAUGAAAAAGUCUCUUAAAGACAGGUUCAAAAUGACUGACUUAGGAGUACUAAAAUGGUUUUUAGGCACUGAAUUUCAAUGUAGUGAAAGCAGUAUUGAAAUGAAUUAA